UCCGGUUGAAAAAGUAUUUCCGUGCUUCACAACUUCACCGGACUUGAUCGUUGUAGUAAUUUGUUAAUAUUGUGUCAAUGUUGUGAAUGUUGAGUCCAUUAGCAAAGCCUUUCCGAUGGCACCCCUGCGGAUCUUGUGCAUUCACGGUUACCGGCAGAACAGCGGCUCUUUCCGAGAGAAAACCGGAGCCCUGCGGAAACUGCUGAAGAAGAGCGUGGAGCUGGUGUUCAUGGAGGCGCCGCUCAGCGUGCAGAGCCCGGCCACCGGCAACGAGAUCAACCCAGGCCCUCUUGCAGAGAGCAAUCCUCGGGGAUGGUGGUUCUCUGAUGUGGCGGCACGUAGCUUCAGUGCACAGCAGAAGUGUGAGGUGAGUUUGGGGCUGGACCAGAGCGUGACCGCUGUGAGGGAUGCUGUAAAGACCCAAGGACCCUUUGAUGGCAUCCUGGGCUUCAGUCAGGGAGCAGCGUUUGUGGCCAUGCUUUGCUCCCUCCAGGAACAAAACCUAGAGCCGGAUUUUCACUUCAGAUUCGCCAUCCUGGUCGCUGGUUUCCGCAGUGCCUGUACGGAGCAUGAGAGGUUUUACGAGAGCCCUCUUCAGAUCCCAUCCCUACAUGUUGUUGGGCAGGAGGACAGAGUCAUCCCAGACCACAUGAGUAAAGAUCUCCUCCCCGUUUUCAAAGACCCUCAAAUACUGACCCACCCCGGCGGACAUUUUGUUCCAGCCGCAUCUGCUCACAGGCAAACUUACCAGGACUUCCUCAAGAGAUUUCAAUGAAAUUAUCUAUGAGACAAAUGUUAUUUCCUGUGACAAAAAUAUCAUCAGAUGUUGCACUCAUUAACAAGGUCUAAUGGGAAGCUGUUUGCUCUUGUUUUCGUGUACUGUAGAUUCAGGUCUCAUGUCAAAAAUCAGGUAACUGCAUUCUUAUUCUCAGGAUUGCAUCACUGACUAAAUAAAUUAUUUGACAAAAAUGUA